AUGCAGGCGAUGCCCGGGGCGCAGGCGGCCAGGCCGUUCAAGUUGAGGAAGAGUUUCGCCACCCGCCUGGAAGAGGUAGCAGGAAUCCGGGCGAAGUUUCCAACAAAAAUCCCGGUAAUUGUUGAGAGAUACCAUAGAGAAAAAUACCUUCCUCUCUUGGACAAAACCAAGUUUCUUGUUCCCGAGGAGCUGACCAUGAUGCAGUUCAUAACCAUCAUCAGAAGCAGGAUGGCUCUAACUGCUACACAAGCUUUCUACCUCCUGGUGAACAACAAAAGCCUAGCCAGUAUGUCCUUGACAAUGGCAGAAGUGUACAGGGACUACAGAGAUGAAGAUGGCUUUGUGUAUAUGACAUAUGCUUCCCAGGAGAUGUUUGGAUGCUUUUUACCCACUGCUCAAGGGAAGACUAUGGAAUGCCUUCAAAAAACUUAAGGUUGGGUCCAUGUGCUGCAGUGAAGCAGUGUGCUCUGAACUCUGCCUAUGAGCUGAAUCUUGG